AUGCCUCCGAAGAAGAAAUGCACCCACAAGGCCGGGAAGGCAGAGCUGGUAUUCCUUGAGAGGCCGCGAGAGGGACCCGUCCAUUCCUAUGAAGCUCCGCCACCUUCGGCCGAGAAUCCGAGACGUGUUCCUAGGAAACCUGUAGACCAGGCCACCUCUGCUGCCUGGGUGUGCCCACAAUUUGAAACAACUAAGUCAGUGGUGUUGAAAGCAUGCCAGAAGAAGCACCGUGGUCCUCGCAAACCCCAGAAUCAGGAUGCCAACCACAGUUUGCUUCAUGCAGGAGGAGCUUGUCGAAAAGCUAUAGCCUGCAAGUUUCCUCCUUUAACUUUUGAGAAUCCAGAAGGAUAUGCAGUCCACCCCUCGGACCAUCCGAAUCGCUCUCGGAAGAGCACACAAGAAAUACCUUUGUCACCUGCUCCCCAGCCUGUGGAGCCAGAAUUCUUUAGUCCACCGGAUGUAGAGACUCCACAGGUGCCCUCCACGAGGAACUGGAGAUGCAGCAGCACUCUGCCCCAAACAAGCAGCCGCACCUGGCAUCCAGAAAAAGAGCUGGCAUUCGAUAUUGAUCCCUGUGGGAGAGAAGAGCCAGCAGCAGUACUGGUUACAGAUACUCCCGAGCACGAGUAUGGAGUGAAGGUCACUUGGAGACAGCGGCCUCAUCUAAUGAAAUACCUGCGGGAGAGAGGGAAGCUGAGUGCCACCGACGAACUGGUGAAGGCGAACCCCGAGCUCUCGAGGAGACAGGCCGACGUCUGA